AUGGAGGGACGCCGAGCCAGACGCACCUGCCAUCUGGAGCGGCAGCUAUUCUGGGCCCCAAGCUGCAGAGUGGAGCAGGGUGUCCCCAGAGCCAUGGAAGAGAAGGUGCUGGAGGGGAGGGAGGGGAGGAAGCGGCGGGCAGAGGCUUCGCGGGGCUGGGAAGCAGAUGCAGGCGAUGGAAGGGUGCUGAGCGCUGACCCCCCAGACUCGCCAUCCCGACAUCCCGUGCGGCUCCCAGGGCUGCAGGCAUUCGAGUUAGCCGGGUCCUGCCGCGGCUACCGCGCUCCUCGUGGUCAUGAGGCGGCCGCCAAGGCAGGGUCAGAGAGCCAGCUCAAGAAAAUGGUGUCCAAGUUCAAAUACAGAGACCCAACUGUACGUGAAACUGUCAGCGUUACCGCUUUAUACAAAGAUCUCAAACCUGUAUUGGAUUCGUAUGUUUUUAAUGAUGGCAGUUCCACGGAGCUAAUGAACCUCACUGGAACAAUUCCUGUGCCUUAUAGAGGUAUACAUAUAAAUAAUCCAAUAUGCCUCUGGCUGCUGGACACAUACCCAUAUAAUCCCCCUAUCUGUUUUGUUAAGCCUACUAGUUCAAUGACUAUUAAGACAGGAAAGCAUGUGGAUGCUAAUGGGAAGAUAUAUCUUCCUUAUCUACAUGAAUGGAAACACUCACAGUCAGACUCGUUGGGGCUUAUUCAAGUCAUGAUUGUAGUGUUUGGAGAAGAACCUCCAGUCUUUUCUCGUCCUACUAUUUCAGCAUCCUAUCCACCAUACCAGGCAACAGGGCCACCAAAUACUUCCUACGUGCCAGGCAUGCCAAGUGGAAUUUCUGCAUACCCAUCCGGAUACCCUCCCAACCCCAGUGGUUACCCAGGCUGUCCUUACCCACCUGGCGGCCAGUAUCCUGUCACAACAAGGUCCCAGUACCCUUCCCAGCCUCCUGUGACCACUGUUGGUCCCAGUAGGGUUGGCACAAUCAGCGAGGACACUAUCCGAGCCUCUCUCAUCUCAGCAGUCAGUGACAAACUGAGAUGGCGGAUGAAGGAAGAAAUGGAUCGUGCCCAGGCAGAGCUCAAUGUCUUGAAACGAGCAGAAGAAGACCUGAAAAAAGGUCACCAGAAACUGGAAGAGAUGGUGACCUGUUUAGAUCAAGAAGUAGCUGAGGUUGAUAAAAACAUAGAACUUUUGAGAAAGAAGGAUGAAGAACUCAGUUCUACUCUGGAGAAAAUGGAAAAUCGAUCUAAAAACAAUGAUACUGAUGAAGUUAUCAUUCCCACAGCCCCACUAUACAAACAGAUUCUAAAUCUGUAUGCAGAGGAAAAUGCUAUUGAAGACACUAUCUUUUACCUGGGAGAAGCCUUGAGGCGGGGAGUAAUAGACCUGGACGUCUUCCUGAAGCAUGUAUGUCUUCUGUCCUGUAAACAGUUCCAGCUGAGGACAUUAAUGCAGGAAGCAAGAAAGACUGCCGGUCUCAGUGACCUCUACUGACUCCUGUGAUACCAGCUGGAGAUUGAGCACUCCUAAAGCAUUAUUUUCUUCUCUUCCUUUCUCUUACAUCAGUAGGUGCCCAGAAUAAGUUAUUGCAGUUUAUCAUUCAAGUGUAAAGUAUUUUGAAUCAAUAAUAUAUUUUCUGUUUUCUUUUGGUAAAGACUGGCUUUUAUUAAUGCACUUU